GAGUGAGUCUUCACAGGCGUCCAGGUCAGCGGCUGCCCGUCCCCAUGGUGGUCCUGCCCUUCAUGAAACACGGAGACCUGCACACCUUCCUGCUGCUGUCCCGCCUGGGAGACCAGCCCUUUGACCUGUCCCUGCUGACCCUGGUUCAGUUCAUGUUGGACGUGGCUCGAGGGAUGGAGUACCUGAGCAGCAGGAGCAUCAUUCACAGAGACUUGGCUGCACGAAACUGCAU